UGCUUCUUUAUGGUUGCGAAAAUGUAGAAAAAGUAGCAGAGAUGGUUGCAAUAUCUUUUGUUUGACCUGGGGUUAAACAACAAGAGUAAAGUAUCUCUGAUAGAAAGACAAACUUUACUUUUCCGUUGAAAUCACUUCUCUUGCAAGAAGCAUAACAUACAAAGCUGAAAUACCAAAGGAAAGGCUUUAAAAUGAUGAAAGCACUAUAACAAUCGGGGUUUCUUUUCGGAGGGGACGUAUUUUCCUGCGUCACCGCCUGGCCGUAACAUCAUGGCGGAGGAGGAUCUUGAUGCGUUAGCUGUUGCUGAACUUCUCCAAGAAGCUAAAAGAGGUUCCGAGAGGGCUAAAGAAAUGGGAGCAAUAGGAUGGCGCAAAUGCCCAAUUCCGCAGGCAAAUAAGGUCUUCCUCAAUAACACUCUGCUCAGCAUCGUCAGCGAUUCCAAACGGCGCCAAAGACAAAGAGAAGCAGUCAUCAAAAGUAAUAUCCUCCCAAGCAAUAAGAAUCGCCACACAUCAAACUCGAGCCAUCAUCGUAGCAGACAUCGUUCGCCUGCCUCCUCAUCUCGGAAAUCUGAACAUUUACCAAGAGACUCCAGAAAGUCUCCCUCUUCUUCUCCUGAAUCUAAUGCCAGGAAUGGUUCUGUAGACACAACACAAUCUCACAGGAAAAGACAUUCUUCUCAGAAAUCAAAACACGAAGUAAAACAUAAAAAACAGAAAAUACACAAGAAAAAAUAAAUUUGUUUGAUUUUUUUCACAUUUC